ACUUUUUCCCUUCCUUAUGUUGGAACAUAAGGUCCCAUAAAGCUGUGACUCCCUUUUGGCUUUUUAUUAGUUUGCAUUACACAGCCCAAAGGCCUGCACUGGUAAAACUAUUCCCAGUCACAUGGGACUAUAGCAUCUAAUUCUUACAGGAGAGUAAACUGAGAUCAAAGUAAGCUGAGUAUCCAAAUUAGAAACCUAGGUCUGGGCUGGGUGCCCAUAGCUCACUGGUUAGAGCGCCGGGAGGUGCACUGGGGAUGGUUGGUUCUAACCUGGCCUGGGCCUGCUGAACAAACAACAAAAAAGGAAACCUAGACCUAUCCCAACCACCCGCGCUCUUCCGUACAGCCCCUUGCCUCUCCUUAAGCCCGCCCGUAAAGAGCAGAGAAACCAGCGGGGUGGGAGGUAACCGCGGGAAACAUGGACCCUCACAGUCCCCUUGGCAGCGCUAACGACCGACCACCACAAAACAGCAGUCCCUCGGCAGCAGGCGUCGCUCCACGGCUUUAGUUACCAAGACCAGGAAAGGAAGUCUACCUGGGAGGGGGAUGCAAGAUUCGUAGAACUUUGCCCCCGAGCACGCGGAGGUUUUCCCGUGGCCGCAGGCGCUCGGAAUCCAAACUCAGGGGUGCGGAGUUCCGGCCGGAGGGCUUUUCCGCCGCUCCCGGAAGCUGCGCUGGCUGCCUGGGUAACGGGUCCUGGCGACUGCGGCUCCCGUGGCGCUGCGAUGGACCUAGAGGAGGCGAAAGAGUUUAAGGAGCACUGUACUCAGUGUGCUGCUGUCUCUUGGGGUCUUACUGAUGAAGGCAAAUAUUAUUGUACUUCUUGCCACAAUGUUACAGAGAGAUCUAAGGAAGUUAUAAACAUUGAAGCUAUUCCUAAUUCCCAGAUAAAAGCCAUCAGCCGGGGCCUUAAAAGAAAAAAACAGCUUGAAAAAGGCUGGGAUUGGUAUGUGUGUGAAGGUUUUCAGUACAUACUUUAUCACCAAGCAGAAGCCUUAAAGAGCCUUGGAGUAGGUCCAGAGUUAAAGAAUGAAGUAUUGCAUAAGUUUUGGAAGCGCUACCUUCAGAAGAGCAAACAGGCAUAUUGUAAGAACCCAAUAUAUACCACUGGAAGGAAAGUUACGGUAUUAGAAGAUAAUCAAAGUAAUUCAGACUGGGCUAAUGGGCCUGAGCUGCUAAGUGAUGUUAGCUUUCCUUUUUUUGUCGAAAGUGGAGUCGAGUCACAGUCUGAUGCCCACACUCAAAAGCCUUUCCCCAUUAGCAGGACAUCACAAUCAGAAAUGACGUCUGUCUGUUCUGGAUCUAUUGAUGGCGUCGAAUACUCACAACGAAAGGAGAAGGGAAUUGUGAAGAUGACUGUGCCAAAGACGCUUGCUCUCUGCUAUCUGUCAUUACUUUGGCAGAGAGAAACAAUAACACUUUCAGAUCUCUUGAGAUUUGUUGAAGAGGACCAUAUUCCUUACAUAAAUGCUUUUCAGCAUUUUCCAGAAGAGAUGAAAUUAUAUGGGCGUGACAAAAGAAUCUUUGCUGUAGAGUCUUGGCCUGACUAUGAAGAUAUCUAUGAUAAAACAAUUGAAAUUGCUAGAUUUUUAGAUUUGCCUCGUUUUCCAGACAUAACUGAAGACUGCUAUCUUCACCCCAACAUCUUGUGUAUGAAAUACUUAAUGGAGGUCAAUCUCCCUGAUGAAAUGCACAGUUUAGCCUGCCAAGUGGUAAAAAUGACUGGAGUAGGAGAAGUGGAUUUUCUGACAUUUGAUCCUAUAGCUAAAAGGGCAAAAACUGUUAAAUAUGAUUUACAAGCUGUAGCUAUCAUUGUGGUAGUAUUGAAACUGCUCUUUUUAUUGGAUGACAAUUUUGAAUGGUCUUUGUCUAAUCUUGCCGAAAAAUAUAAUAAAAAGAACAAAAAAGAUAAGGCAUGGUUUGACUUCAGAAAGUGGUACCAAGUAAUGAAGAAAACUCUUGAUGAGAAAAAAUAUAAAUGGGAAGAAGCAAGGGCAAAGUAUGUGUGGAAAAGUGAAAAGCCACUCUACUACUCAUUCAUUGACAAACCCGUAGUAUAUAAAAGAAGAGAAAUGGUGGUGAAUCUGCAAAAACAAUUUAGCACAUUGGUUGAUUUGACACCAACUGUUGAAAAAAAAAAUCCCUCAAGUUUUCAGUUUAACUGGACUGAAGAAGACAAUGAUAGAACUUGUUUCCAUGGACACAGCCUCCAGGGAGUCCUGAAGGAGAAAGGCCAGUCAUUGCUAACCAAGAAUGCCUCCUAUUGGCUUAGUACACAGAAAUUCUGUAAAGGCUAUUGUAAACAUCUGACAACCUAUGAAGAAUCAAAUUUUUCUCUGAGUUACCAGUUUAUACUAAAUCUCUUCUCCUUCCUGCUAAGAAUAAAGACCUCCUUACUUCAUGAAGAAGUGAGCUUAAUUGAAAAGAAACUGUUUGAAAGAAAAUACAGUAGAACAAAAAAGAAAUCUAGAAGAUCCAAGAAAGCAAGAAGAUAUUGAAAAAGAAGAAAUAGAAACUACUUUAAUAGUAAUAAUAAUGUCAAACUGUAAUAUGACAUUUCAAAGUAUUAAGGAAAAUAUAAUUUUAUUGCAUUACAUACACAUUCAUACAUGUAUACAUAUGUAUUAAAAUGUGUAUAAAACUUUAUACUAUAAAACAGGUGAACUUUGAAUUCAUUUUUUAAAUUAUGAAUAUUCUUUAGGAAAGUUAAAACAGUAAUUAUGUAAUAGUACCCAGAAAUUUUUAUUGUAUUUUAAGGGUAAAUUUACUUUUUAAACUAGUUCACUUUCUUACUCUUCAUACCUCAAGUUAAAUCCCAGAUCAAAGAUCUAAACUUAUAAUAUAAACAUUAUAUAUAUAAAAGUAUUAGAAUAGGACAAGUACAAAUGCUUUGAUGAUCUUGGAACAGGAAAGGACUUUCUAAACAGGCCUCACACCCAGAAGCCAAAAGAAAGAGAUUGAUAAUAUGACUACAAAGCAACAACCAAGUUUUAAUUGCCUCUUAUAAAACUGGGAAAAUGUACUUGUAGCACAAGAUACACAAAGAAAUAAUUUCUUUAAUGUAUCAAUAACUCUCACAAAGCAAUGGGAAAAAGACAAGCUGAGCAAGAGAUAUGGAAAGGUAGUUUUCUUUUUUUUUUUUGGAGACAGAGUCUCAUAUUGUCGCCCUGGGUAGAGUGCUGUGGCAUUACAGCUCACAGCAACCUCAAACUCUUGGGCUUAAAUGAUUCUCUUGCCUCAGCCUCCCAAGUAGUUGGGACUACAGGCGCCUGCCACAACACCAGGCUAUUUUGUUGUUGUUGUUGUUGUUGUUGUUGUUGCAGUUGUCGUUGUUUUUAGCUGGCCAGGGCUGGGUUCGAACCUGCCACCCUUGGUGUGUGUGGCUGGUGCCCUGCCAACUGAACUACAGGCACCACCAGGAAAGGUAGUUUUCAAAAAAAAAACAACAACAACUAUAAAGAUCAAACCAAACAGGGUAUUCAAUUAUAUUUAAGAGUAUUUCUCACAUACUCAGUUGGCAAAGAUUAUAAAGAUUUAUAAUACUGGAUAUUGAAAAAGCAGGCAUUCUUGCUUAGAGUUUGUUUAUUUAUGCAACAGAUACUGAGCAACUUAUGUGUUUCAGGCAUAUUCUAUGUAGGUCACCACGAUAGUCGCUAUGAAAGUUUUGAGACAGACUGCGUUAGGGUCCAUCAUCCAAGAAACAGCAGCAUCCUUUCUGAUUCAUCUGUGCAAGUUUCAACUUGCUCGGGUUAUGGAUGAUGCUGGGAGGGCUUCAUUUCUGUUCACCCGCACCGAUUUUACAUUUUUUGAGUUUUGUAUAUCGCAAAACAAUAAUGACUGAGGACACAUCACUGAACAAGAUCCCUGCCUUUAAGGAGCAUAUGUUCUAAUUGGGUGGAAGCAGAUAGUAAAGAGUGUAAUUUGGGGCGAAUGAGUGAAAUACAGUGAAGAAAAAACAAGGGAAAGGAUAAAGGGAGUCUGAGGGAGAACCCCCUGGGCAGACCCGACGAGGACGAAGCGUACUGGAGGGAGCGAGGCACGUGGCUCUGUCCAUAUCCAGGAGAUGGUUCCAGGCAAGGGAAGAAGAGCUGAGGCUCAGGGGCAGCAGACUGUUCAGUGGCCAGGGCAUUGUGGCUGAAGGGGGAGCAGGAGAGCAGAUGGGGUGGAUGAGCUUGCUCUCCGGCGGUGUAAGGACUUUGGCUUUUAUCCCAAGUGUGUCACAGGAAACCACUGGACAAUUUUAAAUGAAAGACUGAUGUGAUACAUCCUAUGUUAUGAAAGUAUCCCUUUGAUGACCGGUGAACAGCCUGUACGGGGCAUGGGCAGAGGUGGAGGGGCCCCUCAGUGCACUAGCUCAGGCCACAGAGUGCUUUGGACUGGAGUGAUCACAGUGGAAAGAGCAAGAAGAGAUUUGAUGCGGAUUUGAUUAUUCAACAGUUUAAGUGUUGAAUAAAUAAGGGUUUACUGAUGAGUUGGUUGUGGGGUAUUAGAAAAAACACUGCUGCCAGAGAAGUUAUUCCUGUCAUUGGGUUUUGUAGAUGGCUGACCACAUGGCAUCCAACACUGAACAGAUGAGACGGACAGCAGUUUAUUAAUCACAUGUACUCAUGCCCUGGGGAGGACUCAGCACCCUACACGGGACGACACAGGGUUGCACUUGCCUGUGAGAGGCCAGUUUUGUGGUAUCAAGAGGGUGGGGUGACCCCUGCUUACCGUAGGAAGAUGUGAUUGGCUUGUUGAGUAAUUCCACUAGCUGGCAGGGAGCUAAAGCCCACUACUCACCUGUAAGCAGGAACUGCUCCUGCCUCUUCUAAUUAGGAGGUUGGUUUGGUUGGAGGACCUUAUCCGUGGCAGCAGAGUGGGGAUGGGAACCUGCAGUUACGCCAUUCAAGGGCCUUCCAAUUCGACCAGAUGUAAAGGGAACACACACUAGUGGGCCUUAAUUUUAGCCCUUACACCACAGGGGCACACUGAAAAGAGUGGGGAACUGGGAACUCAGUUCUGUUUCAGACAUGAUGAAUUUGAGAUGCCCAUUAAAUGUUUGAAAGAUGUCAAAAUAGAAAGUUGGGAGGAAAACCCACAGUUCAAAGGUCUGGGAUACAGAUAUAAAUGUGGGAGUCAUCAGAACUGCAAGUGAUAUUUAAAACUGUGAGACUAGAUGGGAUCUCCUGGGAACCUGGUCUAGGUAGAAAUGAGGCCUUCAGGCCAGGCACAGUGGCUGACACCUGUAAUUCCAGCACUCCAGGAGGCAAAGGCAGGAAAAUUGCUUGAGGUCAGGAGUUCAAGACCACCCUGGGCAACAUAGCAAGACCUCAUCUCUACAAAAAAUUAAAAAAUUAACCAGGCGUGGUGUGUGCUUGUAGUCCCAGAUACUAGAGAGGCAAAGGCAAGAGGAUUCUUUGAGCCCAGAAUUCAAGGCUGCAAUGAACUAUGGUUCUGCACUGAUUACAGCCUGGGCAACAGAGCAAGACCCGGUCUCUUUUAAAAAAAAAUAAAAAUAAAAAUAAAGCCCUUCGUAGGUGCUCUCUGUCAGAUUGAGGAAGUCCCCUGCACUCCUACUUUCCUGAGAAUGUUUUUUUCUUUUAAAUCAAGAAUCAAUGUUGUUCUUUUUUUUCCAAAUACUUUUUCUGCACCCAUGAGAGGCUCACAUGAGUUUUUCUUUUUUAGUCAGUUAAUUUGGUAAAUCGCAUUGAUUGAGUUCACCUGUGAAACCAACUCUACAUUCCUAGGAUAAACCUCACUUCAUCGUGAUCUAUUUAUUCUUUCUAGAUAUUGCUGAAUUUGAUUUGCUGAAAGUUUGUUAAAGAUUUUUAUAUCUG